UUUUUUUUUUUCAGGACUUUUCAAUGAUCAAAGCUAUCUCUAUAAGUACAUGACAAAGCCUGCAUUAAAGCUUGAGUUUACCAAAAGAUUUUUGCAAGAACUUUUCAUAUAAUUAUGGGAGAAGUGAAGGUGAUUGGCAAUUCUGCAAGCUUUUUCUGCACAAUAAUUGAAUGGGCUUUGAAGCUUAAAGGUGUGGAAUAUGAGUACUUACAUGAAGAUUUGUUGAACAAGAGUCCUGUUCUCCUCAAAUACAAUCCUGUUCACAAGAAGGUCCCUGUGCUUGUUCAUAAUGGAAAACCGAUUGCAGAGUCGCUUGUCAUCCUUGAGUAUAUUGAUGAGACAUGGAAACACAAUCCUUUGCUUCCUCAAGAUCCCUAUGAUAGAGCCACAGCUCGUUUCUGGGCCAAAUUUGCCGAUGAGAAGUGUUUGAUUGGUGCAUUUGAGUCUUUUUGGAAAGGAGGAGAACAAAAGGAGAAAGCUAUAGAAUCUGCACUUGAAUCAUUUGCAUUUCUUGAGGAACAAAUAAAAGGGAAGAAAUUUUUCAGCGGAGAGCAAAUAGGCUAUUUGGAUCUUGCAAUGGGUUGGAUCCCUCAUUGGCUGAAUGUUAUGGAAGAAGUUGGCGGCAUGAAAUUGGUUGAUGCUGAGAAGUUUCCAGCACUCCAUCAAUGGACUCACAGCUUCAUUGAAAUUCCAAUAAUCAAACAAAUCCUUCCACCAAGAGAUCUGAUUGUCAACUACCUCACUGCUAGUCUCAGCUACAUGCGUUCCUUGGCAGCCAACAAGCAGUAGUAUUGGUAUUGAUUCUUUAAUUAAUCAAAUUUAGCUGCUUGUAUUAUGAAGAUUUAAGAAUAACUUGGCUUUUUCUGAGCCUUGUAGUUUUGGUGUGUAUCCUUCUGAGAUAAAACAAUUGAAUAAAAACGGAUCGGUUUUGAUAUUGAUCA